ACACCAACAUGGCGGCGUCACCGUUCAGUUUCUCAGCGGACAGGUUCUGGACUGAAGAGAAAGAGAAGACUCUGAUCUGCUUCUUCUCCAAGCACAGCUGCCUGUGGAACCACCGCUCCGAGAGCUACAAGAGCCGGAAGCUGCGCUGGAGAACUCUGGAGCAGCUGCGGGUCAUCCUGUCCACGCUGCCCCCCCCCAACCCCUUCACAGUGGAAGACAUUAAGAACAAGUUCAAGAACCUCCGCACCACCUUCCGGCGCCAGUACAAGCUGGUGCGGGCGAGCCGGGUGUGCCGGCUGGAGCACGUGUUCGAGCCCCAGUGGAAACACUACGAGCAGCUGAUGUUCCUGCAGGGCUGCUGGGAGACGGACGCCGGCGUGGAGGAGGAGCAGCCGCUGCAGACCCCCCCCCAGGAGGAGGCCCAGGUCAUCUCCUCCCUCCCCAACACGCCCACCUCCUUCCCCUCCACCUCCUCCAACAUGCAGCUCAGAUGUCACUGGACCGAAGAGACGGAGCGAGCACUGAUCUCCUUCUACUGCGAACACAGUUGUCUGUGGAACAAGAAGUCUGAAAACCACAACAACCGACAGCACCGGCAGAGGCUGCUGGAGACUCUGAGAGCGAAGCUGUCCGACCGCUCGGUGGCUUUCACAGUUGAAGAUAUAAAAAACAAGUUCAAGAACCUCCGGACGGUUUUUAAACGUGAGUUUAAGGCGGUGCACGCCAGCCGGGCGUCUGACAAACCCCUGGUGUCCAAGUGGAAGCACUACCAGCAGCUGCUGUUCCUCGGCGAGUCCUGCGAUGAAGACGACGCCACGGACGACCUUCAGGCUCUGGCGCCGCAGGACGACAAGGACGUGGAGCCGGGGAACCGAACGCCCUCCUCCACGCUGAGCAGCGUCUCCUCAGGCUCCGCCCACACCAACAGCAUCAUGGUCGGUAACGCCUCGGCUCCCACCAGCUCCGCUCAGAGCAACGCCAGGACCGUCAGCGGCGCCGGAUCCCAAAUCCUCCUCCUGGCGUCUCCAGACAACCUCAAGCUAUCAAACCAAACAGCCGCACUUCCAACCUCGCCAUCUGCUUCCCCGACCGACACCAAACCCUGCACAAGCUCCUCCCCUCUGAGCUCCUGCGUGUCCGUGCCUGUGGAGUCAGACGGCCGAGCGAGCGCCGACCCGCGCUGCCACUGGAGCGAGGCCAAGGUUCAGCAGCUCAUAGCGUUUUACUCCGAGCGCAGCUGCCUGUGGACCGAGAGCUACAGGAACCGCGUGCUGAGGCAGAGCCAGCUGGAGGCGCUGAGCGGCCUCAUGUCGCACAACGAGUCCGCCCCCUUCACAGUGGACGACAUCAAGGCAAAGUUCAGGAACCUGAGAACCAUCUUCCAGCGAGAACACAAAGCCGUGAGUUCCAACAGGACCUGUGGCUCCGAGGACUUCUACGUCCCCAAGUGGAAACAUUACCGGGAUCUGAUGUUCCUCUGCGACUGCUGCGACGAGGACGAGCGACCCGAGGACGUCCCCCAACCGCAGGAGUCCCGCCCCCUCCACCUGGACAGCCAGGCCACGCCCCCCAGGCUCCUCUACCACGCUGCCAGUCAAACCGCUGCCGAGCUGAACGUCGAAGCCCCGCCCUCACCGACACCCCCAGACUCCCGGCACUCCUCCCCCUCUUCCUCCCCGCCGCCCUCCACGCCCUCCUCUCACACCAGCAGCCGGGGGUCCGGGCGCAAACGAGCGGCGCCCACCACCGGCACCAUGCUGGACCUGAUGAGGACGCUCUGUCAGAGUCAAGCCGUCUCGCCACACGCCGGCUUCCUGAAGUACGUGGAGGAGUGUCUGAACGAGACGCCGCCGGGCAGAGUGAAGAAACUGAAGAAGCAGAUCAUCGAGACGCUCCACGGUGCGUCAGAGGAGGCGUAGGGCGGAGUCCCGAUCAUUUGUCUUAUUCUCGUAGCUUUACCCAGAAUUCAGCUGGUGUGUUACCAGUGCAGCUGAUCCCCACCCCCCCCCUCUUUUAAACACCAGCAUGAGGUCAGAAGUGCACCAGGUGGACGUUGUGUGGCGUUAAGUGUCAGAUUAAAUCCUACAACUUCCUGGUUCUGUUUGUUUAUCUGCAUCUUCCAGCGUCACAUGGUGCAAACACCUCGUGGCGCUGGUCGUGUAUUCAGAUCGGAACCGGUCGGACCGAUGGAUCAAAGUUAGCAACAGCAGGUUAAACUUUGAAAAACAGCAACGAUACAUCCCCCCCCUCCCACAUUGAGACAAGUUUAUUUAUUAUGACGACUUAAUUUCCCUUCGGGGAUGAAUAAAGUAAUCUAUCUAUCUAU